AUGGAGUCCAAGGAAGGCUACGCUGAGCUCUGCAGGCUCUGCGCCUCCUACGACGCCAUAAAAAUGGACAUUUUUGGUAAAGAGGGACGGAGUCGACAGCUUGUCGACAAAAUUCAGACCUGCCUUCCCUUCAAGAUUGCAGAAAAUGACAGGCUACCGAAAUGUCUUUGCUAUCGGUGCAUGUAUAAUUUGGAAAAUUUUUACGACUUCAGAACAGCAUGCGUUAACGCAGUGGCCCUACUUGAGAGAUAUCUGCCGCCCCAUCACGGUGAUAUCGGGGAUGGAACACAAAACCACGGCCAUCAGUUUAAUCAGCUGCAUUCAGAACUCCUUAAGGAAAAAGAAAAUAUGCCAAUACUCAUUCCAGAAGCCCCCAUAGUAAACCCCAACGGUGCUUUAGGAACUCCACCAAGGUUGAAUUCGGAUGGAGAAGCAGAUCAUGAAAUUGAAGAGAUCCUCGAUCACGGUGUCAGUGAUGAUGGUGCAGAUGAUCACGAUGACCAAAAAUCAGAAGAGUAUGAAAUGGAUAUGGAAACAAACCCAAGUGACUUUUUGGAACUGACGUCCAUGGUGACUGAAGAUGUGGAUGAAGGUGACCCUCUCAAUCUUCCAGGGGCUAGUAAUGGAUCUGGUAUAUUUCAACAUACUUCAGAACAACACGAAGUUUAUGUCUGCUCUUUAUGUAACAAAGCGUUUAGUUCGAAAGGACACUUGUCACUGCAUGCUAAAAUUCAUGCUGGAGCAGGUGAUAUUGUUGGAGAAAAGGUCAUCACUGAUGAUCAUACAUCGUACAAAAGGCCGUUUCAAUGUGAUUUAUGCAACAAAUCAUACUCCACUGCGAAACAUAGGUGGGGUCAUGUAUCUACUGCCCACAGAGGACAUCCAGCAGUGACGUGCAGGUACUGUUCACGGAUUUAUUCGACAAGAACAAAUUUGGAAGAGCAUGUAAAGGCGCGGCACUCAGGUUUACCGCCACCUCCUGCGUUGCCGCUGCCCUAUGUUCAACAAGAUAAUAAAUUUCAGUGCAAAACAUGUCCAAAAAUGUACACAAAUGUGACAGAUUUGAACAAGCACAGUCGGGUAUGCGCUGGGGAACGAAAGAAAGAAACUUCCAACAAGAUUUCUAUGCAAAAAAUUACUAAGACUGUUAUUGACACAUCUGAUUUGUCAAGUUUAGACUCUGACGAUGAAGGUAAAGAUUAUAGGGAUGCAAAAGCAAAACUGGCAAAAAAUCCCCAAUUAACAAUUCUUAAACAAGCCUUGACAAAGAAGGAGAAUUUCAAACGAGAUUAUGACGAACGAAGAACAAAGCAAAAACCGAAGCAAAUAUGUAGAACAGAUAGCAGUGAGACAGAUGGACAGAAGAGGUGGUAUUGUGAGACCUGUCCGCAGAGCUUUACGUCUGUGGAUAGUCUCAAAGAACAUGAACUCACUCAUGAUGCUGACAAACCUUUUAUUUGUAUCCUGUGCGAAAAAGAUUUUUCAUUGAAGUCGUCGCUAAGUAGGCACAUUGUGGCAUCUCAUGGCGUCGAUCCGGGUCCAAUAAUUGAUAGUGAUAAAUGUCUGAAAAGAUCUGCAGCUUUGCAGAUAUCCAAAAAACCGAAAGAAACAGUAACCAAUGACCACAGCAGGGAUAUUUCGGAGUCCUCGAUGUCCCCUCAGGGUAACCUUGAUAAUGAAUCAGAACAUGAAAGCAGUCCGGAGAACAUGAUUGAAAUUGAAACUGUUUUCGUCUGUGAAAUAUGUACUCGCGAUUUCAAUGAUCGUGCUUCACUGUGGUUGCAUAUUCGAGCAACUCAUAAAGAACAUGCAGCAUUUGCAUGCGGCGUGUGUUUGAAAAUUUGCUCUGAUAAUACUCAGCUGCUGAAUCACGUCAAUAUGUACCAUGGAGGGUCUAAGUUACACGUUUCUGAACAGCGAAGGUAUAGUUGUACAAUUUGCGGCAGGCAACAUGAUUCAAGAAAAAAAUUAAUAACACAUGUCUCCAUACACAAUAUUGACUCUGGCUAUGACCCAGCCGGUUUUGUUCAGCUCAAUAGUAAUUACUAUAAUGAAAAUUUCAACGGUAACGAAGCAAAUGAUCAGACAUUAGAGUUUGAUGGUGACGAAGGCGAAAGAAUGGAUUGUUAUAUUUGUAACAAGUCAUUUCCUAGUGAAGAUCAUCUUAUACGCCAUCAAAGAAAUGCUCACAAGUCUGAACCAUUGGCACCAAUCGGAGAUUCUGCUGGCAAUGGAAGCGGAACUGGUUCUGUGAGUGGUAAUGGAAAUCGAGCACAGUAUCAUUUAUUUUUCGUAUGUGAAUUAUGUGGUAGUUCUCACCCAAGCAAAUGGGAACGCUGGCUUCAUGUCAGUAGUAUUCACAGCAAUGAGCCUGCUAUUAGAUGUGAACGGGACACCUGUGGCAAAAUUUUCGCAACUAGAUCAUUGCGCAAUGAACAUGUCCAACAUCAUUCUGCUCAAGGCGCAUCCCCGAAUACCUGUGAAAUAUGUGGAAAACUUUGGGGUAGCCGAGUUGAUUAUUGGAAACAUGUGAUGGGCGUUCAUUCAGAUACCGUGCCUUUAAUUUGUGGAGUUUGCCUGAAGGUUUUCCCUGACGUAAUUCAACUAAGUGCCCAUGUAAAAGCCAAGCAUUGGCCUCUUACAAAUGGAGAUUUUAGUUGCGAUAUUUGUGGUAGACCAUAUUCGAACAAGUCGAAAAUGUCCAGACACAGAAAAAUUCAUGGGCUGGAUGUAGAUAGUUAUAUAAAUAGCAGUGUUCUCGAGUCAAUUACCGACGCCGCCAGGAUUGAUUACAGCAUACCUGAUCCAAAUUUGAGCUGUGAAAUGUGUUCUAAUUUGAAAUUUGCAGAUUUAAAAGAAUUAUGUACUCACAGACGAAAUAUUCACGGCUUGUUCCCGUGUGACUUAUGUAACAAAUUUUACGGACGGACGUCUCACUUAUGGAAACACGUUAAUCGCGUGCAUAAGGGACAUGAGGAUGUAACGUGCAAGUACUGUUCAAAGACAAGUGCUUCGAAGGAACAUUUAGCUGCCCAUAUUGCAAAAAUUCACAGGUAUGAACCAGAGACUAAAAAAGAAACACGGGAAUCGAUGAGUGUCAAAUCACCAAAUCCAGAUGAUGAAACUCCUCAUCAUUGCGAAAAAUGUAACAAAGGUUUUCACAAACGGUAUCUAUUACGUCGUCAUAUGAAAGGCUGUCAGAACUACCGAAAAGACCCUGGGGCAUUGCUAACUCGCUGUAGAGCUUGUGAAAGGAUAUUCAAGGAUCGUGCCAGUUUGCAAAAGCACAUAGAAAACCAUCAUAGUACGUAUAUGUGUCACCUCUGCAAUGAAGAAGUAACAUCAAAGUUAGGUAUUAUGACUCACAACAGAGUUCAUCAUAUGAACCAUCCUGAAUUGACUUGCGAUCAUACCAACUGCAAGAAAUUAUUCAGAACCAGGGAAGAUCUGGAAUCUCAUAGAAAAGAUCACAAAUAUCACAAUACACCAAAUGUCUGUGAUUUUUGUGGUGACACCGUGGAAAAUAAGCUCAAAUUGAAAAUGCACAUUUUAUCUCUACAUAGAAAUGAAAUCGGUGUUUCUUGUGGAGUUUGUUUGAUUCCAAUGAAGGAUCCCAAGGAAUUAAAGAGACAUGUAGAGGCCGUUCAUAAUCAUAUUUUAUCAAAGCCAAAUACCUGCAAGGUAUGCGGCAAACAGUAUGCUUCCAAGUGGAAAGCUUUCGAUCAUACAAAAAAGUGUCACGGAAAAGUAUUCCGGACUUGUAAACAAUGUCUUGCUGUCUUCACCAAAGAUGAGGCGCUGAGAAACCAUUAUGCUAAUGUUCACAAUGUUCCAAAAGACCAGUUAUCUGGGUUCAAUUAUCGAUUAGAGACGUUGAGUGGCAAGCCAGACGACUACGAACCAGCAAACUUACUUGUUAAAGAAGAACCGGAAGAUUUAGACUUUGAAGAAGAUGCAUGCGAUGAAGAUUCUAGCGAGCUGAAAAGAAAGAGACCUUUAAGUGACACGUUUGAUUGCGAUCUAUGCCACGAGAUAUUUUUAAAUGAUGAAACAUUGACCCAACAUUGUCAAAAUGUCCACAACACGAAUCCUCUUAGGAUGUCGAAAAAAUCAAAAACAGAUUAUGUAAGUGCUAAAAGAAAAAUGAGGGAGAGAGAAAACUUUGAAUGCAAAAAUUGCGGAAAGCAGUUCUGCACAAAAACUUUGUUUUGGAACCAUAUCAACGUUUGCACAAAACGUAAUAGUGUAAACAAAGAUAGUAACAAUAGUUUUCAAACCUCAAUUCUUGAAGCGCAUUUGAAAAACAAUAAUAAAAUAAAAAAAGAAGAGCCUGACCCUAUUCUAAACGAAUCAAAUUUGAAUAUACCAGACUUCAAUUUAUUUGAGGACAUAAACAUGCAACUUUCAGCUCAAAAACCUAUUCCGGAUCUAAUGCCCAUAUCCUCAGUCAAAGGAAAUUCAAAUAGUAAGUACCCACGUAAAGAUUCUAGAAAAGUUUACGAUGAAUCAACAAAUACGGAGUGCGCAUGUGAAGUUUGUGGAAAACAGUGGCCAGCGAAGAAACAUCUAUGGCAACAUCUGAUUCGUUUUCACAGAGUCGAAGCAGCCGUUACCUGUGGUGUCUGCUUGAAACUUUGUCAGACUUAUGAGGAAUUAGCAAAUCACUUGACAGCAACACAUGCAGCGAUUCUGACUGGCGAAGGAAACAACUUUACAUGUAAAAUAUGUGGGAGAUAUCACAAUGCAAGAAGUAAAUUGUGGUUGCACAUGAGUAUUCAUAUAAAUUAUCAUGGUAUUGAGUGGUGUCAGGAUUGCCAACAAGGAUUCGAGGACAGAGAAAAAUUGACUGAGCACUUGGAAAAUUGCACAGGAAAACAAAUUGAAUUUGAUGAUCAUAGUAAUGACAUAGAUGCAAGUGUACAAAAUGAAAAUGAUAAUGAAGAUAAGGGCAGUUUGAUAGAUGAAGAUAAUUCAUUGAUGGAAGAAACAGAAGAGUUAGAAUUUGAGUCUGAGGCAGAAGAUCAUGUAACAGAAAAUCACGAGGACAGUAACAGUGAUGUUUCACACAGUGAUGCUGGUACUGGCAAUACAAGCGACGAGGAAGAAGACGACAUUGACAAUGAAGAGGACGACAUUGACAAUGAAGAGGACGUAGAUGAUGGCGAGGAAGCAAACGAAAUAGAUGACGAAUCUGGAACACAGAGUAGAAUCACGGGAGAUCUCAGUAGUGAUUCACACAGCGAAGAUGAGGAUUCUGAGCAUAGCAAUAAUGAUUUAAAUGAAAAAGAAACUAACGAUGUAAGUGUUCUAAGUGACAGCAAUGAGACAAACAUCGUGGACACUGAAGAUUAUGGUGAAGAUAAACUUCAGGAACACGGAAAAAUUGUUGAUGUAAUUAAAAGUCCAAAAAUUGAAAAUGAGAAUGAAAAGGAAGAUCACGAUUCUCGAAACGUCGAAAUGAAAUUGCAAUUACACAAUGUUUAUGAAAGAGAAUUUGAAGAAAGACCUUGUGAACUACAAAAUCAAGCACUUUUGAAAGAAGAGCCUGGAGAUUAUUUAGACGAUGAGGGUCCGCCUAUUUUAAGUCCAAUGGUACCAUUACCUGUGAAGACUAAUAUGGAAGAUGAGGAAACCAAUCAGUUUGAUACAGUGCAGUAUAAGUUAAGUCCAAUAGCAGUGACAGCUCCAAGUUCUGAGAGCCUGACAAUGGUGAGUGAACUAGACCAAAUUAGAGAUGAAAUAGAAAAAAGUGAAUCCUCAUGGCCAGGUGCUUAUUCGAUAAAAGUCGAAGAUGAUGCAAGCACAAUGGAAAAUACGAAUAUAUCUACGAAUAAUUUGACAGAAAUUUUGGGAUUAAACUCUGAUAAUGAUCAAGAAAGUACGGAACUCCAAGAUGUAGGUGCAAAGGUCGAGAGUGAAGCUUCUGAAAAUGAGGAGGCUUCUGGAAACGAAGAGGUCACCUUGAAUGACAUAGACGACAGAUCAGAUCGUGAAAACCAUAAUGAAGAAACAGUAGAACAUAGUGAUGAGCAUCAGGAAGAUAAUUUGGCAGAAAUUUCAAGUGUAGUUGACAUUACAGAGGAUGUAUUUGAUGAAAAUUCGAACGAGGAAAGUGAUGAUAUGGAAGUAGUAGAUAAUGAAGACACUGUGCAAAUACCUAAUUUAGAUGGAACUGUACUUAUGGUCGCCAAUGAUGCUGAUGGUAAUCAGAUUCUAAUACAGCGUAAUGUUUCUGAUUUGCCCAACGAAGAUUCGAAUCCCGAAGUGACAGAGUACAUUUUACAAGAAGAUAACGAAUAUGAAAUAGAUAACUAUAAUGUGACUUUAAACGAGGAGGAUGAAAUGCAACAGUCUGACGACAGUUCCGAGGUCUCUGAAGAAGUGAAGAAUAUUGAGUGUGAAGAAAAUAGUAUAGAAACUGAAAAUAAUACAGAAGCAGUAGAAGACGAUCAGAUAUCUAUCAUCAGUGCCAAAAGAGAAGAAGUGUCAAGGACGGUAGUUCAAAAGCAAAAUACAGGAAAAGUAAAUUACUUUUUACCAGCCAGAAUGAUACCGUCAUAUUUCUGUUGGAACCACUUCAUAGCAUCUUCCUUGCUUACCAGGACGUCCAAGUACGACGUAGAAAUCAAGACCGUAGAUACCAAUGCUAGGAUCAUACUUGAUACCCAAGUCGAUAUGUUCUUGGAUACCAAAACCAAAGUUUCCAGUACCAGAGAAGUUUUCUUUGCAACAUCGUGUCGAGUUGUAUCUAUGGCUGAAAAGAAUCCCUUAGAAGGCUACGAUGACCCAGAAGAACCUUUAGUUACCUCCGCUGACCCUAACGAGCGAAAAUUAGCACGGAGACUCCGCAUUCAGCGACGAUUGGAGGCUCUCAAAAGGCAAGAUGGAGAGGAAGAGGAAGUUGUUGUUGAUAAAUCAUCGUCUGAGAAGCAAAUCGACACUAGUGCUGAUCUGCUGGAGAAAUUAAUAUUAGAAGGUGAAGAGGCUAUAUUGAAUGUAAAAAUUGCAAAUGAUGCAAGAGAAGUACAUAGAAGAAAUGAAGAAAGUGAGAUUCGAAGGAUAUUAUUAUGCCAGCUGGAAGAAGAGGCGAAGCAAAGUAUGGAAAAAUAUCAUAUUAUAAAUGAAAAAUGGACAAGUAUUUUGGCCUCAAAGGAUCCUCUUGACAUUCACUGCGAAAUGAAUUCUCAAAAUGUCAAGUGCCUUGAAAUUCUUGCGGAAAAAGAUCGAUUGAUUGCUAAAUUGAAACAGGAGUUAGAAGAGACCAAUUUAAAGUUUACCACAGAUCAGCAAAAGCAAAAUGAUGAUAUUAAUCUAUUAAUGGAACGAAUCGAUAAUCAAAUCAAUACAAUAUCCAAGGCUUAUCGGCGUGAGCUGGUGCUUAUUGAUAAAGCUAUUGAAUCAGAACGUAAGCUACUUUUAGCUACUAAUGCCAAGAAAUGGGAACAAUUAUACAAGCAACGUAACCAGGAUGAAAUAGAUGGGGUUGAGACUAGAAAACAAAUAAUGCGUGAUUAUGAUGUCGAGAUGAAAAGAGUUAUGAUCGAACAUCAGGAAGAGUAUAGAGCUCAGAAAAUUUGGUUUGAAACUGAGUACCAAAAAUUACAACAAGAACUUCAACAAAUGAAAUCCAUGUGUCUAAUGAACAUAGAAAAGCUAGAUUACAGUUACUCUGUACUGAAACGCAGAGAAGAUGAAAAUACCAUAAUUAAGAAUCAACAAAAGCGAAGAAUAAAUAAACUGCAAGACACGGUUAAUGGGUUGAAGAAAACUUACAUAGAGUUAGAGGAAAAUAGUACACUUGAAAUACAAAAACUUACAGAACAAGUAAUUAAGACUCAUAAAAGUAUUCUAGAAUUGGAGCAGAAGUCCAAUCAUUUUACAGCAAUUAAUGAAAAACAAUAUCUACAAAUUUGGGAUAUGAAUGCAAGUAUAGUUGGUGAACUGGCGAACAAAAUUCUGACAGUGGAUCGUAUUAUCUAUGAAAAUACAUUGGAACUAGAAUGGGAACCUCCUGAAAAACCGUUGUUGCUUAAAGAAGACUUGCCUUCGUAUCGUGGAGUUAUCCUUGAAAUUGAUCAAAAAAAAGCAGAGGCGAACGAAAGACUUAAAAUAUCUGACCCAUACAUAGCUGUCACUUCAUUGCCUGAAGUAAAUGCAGAGAGACGUUUAUUACAUAACAUUUUGAGUCAGAUAUCAGAUCAUACCGGAUUUUUAAUUGAAGACCAGCUUCGAGAACUACUUAAUCCAUACACAGUUGAUGACAAAAAUAUCAUUAGGCUUGACAGUGUGUUUCAAGCAUUGUCAAUCAAAUCUGAGGCCGACAUAGACAUGAUGAUGAAUUUCUUUUUACCUUAUAUGUACUGUGCUACAUGUACAACUGUUCCGUUGAUCGGCAAACAAUCUAAUGAAACAUUGAUAGCAGCGGACUUGUGUGACAGUGAUCAAUAUCCCAAAACGUGUGAGGAAGAUGAAGAAAUGACUAAUAUACCACAUCAGAAGACAGACACAUCCUCUAAACUUGAAUCAUCGCAUAGCAAAGAUUUGAAUGUCAAGAGGAGUUGUUAUUGCAUCGUACCUAUAAACGCAGACUCUGAAAAUGAAGUUGAUGUUAUGCAAAAGAGAACUGUGGUUUGCGAAAAGAAUCAUCCUCUUAUGACUCAAUCUGUUUUUGUGUUACGCGCAUUACAAGAAUUUUUGACUAAAUAUCAUAAUGCUAAACGUGGUGAAGUGCCUCUGACAUUUAAACAGAAGUUAAGUCAUCAAGAACUGACUGUGUCACGCAAUUUGUCAGUCGAAGAUGUGACAGAGUUUUGGAGACGUUAUAGAGACAUUUUUCCUACAAAGAAAGAAAAACUCUGGGAUGGACUCCUAAUAGGAUUACAUAAGUAUCAUGAAGUACUCAAAGAACGCCAUAAGCUGAAUACUGAAACUAACAUGCUACGUAAACAAAAUUCUGAACUACGUAGACUGCUGGAGACUUACAUGCAAAAGCCGGCAAAUGGUUUAAAUUUACCGCCACUUGAACUGGGAUCAAAUAGCAGUAUCGAGUAAAUAAAUUUGGUAAUUAAUUAUCAGAGAACUAGUAAUUAUAUUGACUUUUGGAGUAACAAAUUUUCUACUCAAGCUUAAAUAACUUAGAAAGUUAUGUUUAUAGAAUACCACAAUCAUAUCAAAUAUCUUGAAUUUUUUACCCACCCAACUUGAAAUUAAUUGAUUGCAUAGAACUUGGCUCUCACAUUUAUCUACAU